AUGGCGAUCCGAGGGCGGGUAAGUGGCCAACAAACGACAAGACGGAGCCGCAAAAACGACAACGCGGAAGAUAUCCAGAGACAAUACUUGUGGAAUGCGCCCAACGGGCAAAGACCAGAUUUUUCCGAGACAUAUCGGCACGGCGACGAGAUACUCAUCUCGUGGAACGCCCUCAACAACAGCAUCUACGACCUCUGGCUGACCAGCUGGGCCAUUGACCCGGACCCAGUGGCACUCUGCCUGGCAAUGAACCUCUCCCACGACGGCAACCUCAAACUCGUCACCUCGGACCCGCCAACAGUCCAGCUCGCCAGCGAGACAAAAUAUGUGCUUCGCUUCAAGCCGCCGACGGGUCAAGGGGACUUCGUCGCGUCAGACCCGGAUCUGACGAGUCCGGGCUUCUUGCUCGUCGAGCCAGCCGUCAGCCCGAACGCUGUGUCCAGCAAUGUUACUGCCACGGCAACACCAUCCCCGACGCGGCCAUCCAGGGAGGUAGCCACCACAACCACCUCCACCAUCACCACAUCGGGUCCAGACCCAGACGAGCGAAUACCAGAUUGGUCGCCCGGCACCGCAGCCGGGUUAACCAUCGGGCUGAUACUGGUCGUGGCGUUACUGGUAGCCAUGGAGGUGGCCUAUCUCAUUUGGUGGCGAAAGCGGCGGCGCGGGGCGGGGGAGGACGGGAAGAAGACAUUGUCAUCGUCAUUGUCGUCGUCAUUGUCGUCGUCGGGGUCGUCGAUAAGUUGGAGGAAGUUGAAGCGCUUCGGGGAGGGCGACCGCGGGCUGUUCGUGGAGGUGGACAAGGCGUCCCCGGAGCUGCCGGGCGACUCGACAUGGAGCCAGAGGCUGGUGCACGAACUGCAAGGAUCGGGGUUGGGGAGGACGCCGACGAUAAACAGCUCGUUGGCCGAGUUGGAGGCUGGGAGGGGGUGA